AUGAGGCAUUUAUUAACUCCCCAAGUUGGUCUGCCAACUUGAGCUGGAGAACCAACUGGGGAUUUGCUUUUUUUUAAAAAAAUUAAUAGAAAAUUUAUAGUAAAUUUUUUUUUAAAAUUGAAAAAAAUCCACAUUCGAAAGCAGAUAUCGUUAUUUGCAGAUUUUUGAACUUUACCACCUAAGUGUGGAAUUUUUUUCCGUGUGUGAAAAGGUGAUUUCACGUGUGGAGCCCUUUUGAUUUCACAUGUGGAAUCCUCUUUUCACACGCGGAAAAAAUUCCACACUUAG